CGGCUCUUGGGAAGCGCUCAGCGUGUCUGGCUCCUAGGCCAGGCAUGGCCAGUUGAGCUGUGCUGCUUGCAGGCACUGGCCCUGCAGUUCCCAUUGGUCACGGUUCCCUGUCAAAGGGACCUGCGGAGCCAGCGCUUGGGGCUGGAGGGCGAAGGAAGCAGCGUGCGGAGACCCCUUGGCUUGGCACUUAGGAGCCAGCCAUGGCAGUCAUUCCCAAGAGACGCAGGGAGCCUGAGUUGGCCCUGCUGCGUUGCCAGAUUUUUAGUGGCCUGCCUGUAUGAAGGACAGUAGAGCGGGGUGGCGGGAAAGAGGCAAGAACCAGCUUGAAAGUAUGAGCCGAUGCCACAGGGAGCCACUUUAAAAGCAGAGCCACCUCCAUAGAGGCAGCAGGAGGUGAGGGCAGGCAGGAGUAGGCACGUUGGGGGAGCCAGUUUUUAAGCCAGCUCCCUGCAUGGUGGCCCCACAGAACUGCCUCGCGCAGUGACAACAGUGUGGCAGGGGACAGGACGGAGCUGAUGUUGGGGCCGGGGAGAAGGGAGCAACUUAAAAGCCAACUCCCUAUGAGCACCAGCUCCUGAGGAGCCACCUCCACACUGCCCCUACUGAUAGACUGCAGGAGUAGAAGGGGGAGAGGAGAGCUACUGAGUGCAGGGAGCACUGGCCCCUGCCUCCCCCAUCACCCACGUGUUUAAACAUAUAGCCACUGGAAAUUUUAACAAGUUACAUGCUUCCCCAGUACCUGAUAGUGCUAAAUUAAUGAUGUUAACUCUGCACCGGUAUGUGCUUUUGAGCAAUUUUACAGACAAAAAGUCAAAACAAAUUUGUUAGUAUUGAGGUAUGAAAUAAUCUCGUCUCUGUUUUUUAUGCAGAGGGGAUCUUUUAUAGAGGGGAGGAAUCUUAAUCCUGCAAUGAAGCAGGAACAAAAUGUGCUGGUCUGUGUACAUAAGUAUGUAUGUGAACAUUAUAGCUCUCCUCUUCAGCCUGCUGACCUUGGGAUAGCCAGUGGCUCAGUUAAUCCCUCCUUUAAUCCUCUGGCUGUUCGGUAAAUGUUGGUGAAUGUCUGACCUUCAGAUUGCAGAUCUCCUGUUUCAAACGGCAAAAAACGCAGGGAUCAAGUAUGACUCAGUUUGUGGUGUGCCAUACACAGCAUUGCCUUUGGCUACAAUUAUCUGCUCAACCAAUCAGAUCCCAAUGCUUAUACGGAGGAAGGAAGCAAAAGACUAUGGUACCAAGCGCUUGGUGGAAGGCACCAUUAAUCCAGGAGAAACUUGUUUGAUCAUUGAGGACGUGGUAACGAGUGGAUCUAGUAUCUUGGAAACAGUAGAGGUACUUCAGAAAGAAGGAUUAAAAAUCACUGAUGCCAUAGUGCUGCUGGAUAGAGAGCAGGGAGGAAAGUGCAAGUUAGAAGAACGAGGGAUUCGCCUACACUCUGUGUGCACCCUGUCCAUGAUGCUAGAGAUUCUGCAGCAGCAGCAAAAAGUUGACUCCAAGAUAGUUGAAAAGGUAAAAAAAUUCAUUCUGCAAAAUGACUUCAAACCAGCAGAUCAAAAUGGUGCUGCUAUUCCCAUCAAACAAAUAUGCAAAGAGAUGAGCUUUAGUGCUCGUGCUCGGCUACCUGGAAUCCAUCCCAUUGCAGCACAACUUCUCAAGCUCAUGGAAAAGAAACAAACAAACUUAUGCCUUUCUGCUGAUGUCACAGACUCCAAAGAACUUUUACAGCUGGCUGACACUCUGGGCCCCAGCAUUUGUAUCUUAAAAACUCACAUAGAUAUCCUUAAUGAUUUCACCCAAGAGGUAAUAAAGGAGUUGAGAGCACUUGCAGACCAGCAUGAGUAUCUGAUAUUUGAAGACCGCAAGUUUGCAGACAUAGGGAACACUGUGAAACAUCAAUAUGAAGGGGGUAUAUUCAAAAUAGCUUCCUGGUCAGAUAUAGUUAAUGCCCAUGUGGUUCCAGGCUCUGGAGUCGUGAAAGGACUGAAAGAAGUAGGGCUUCCUUCACAGCGAGGCUGUCUAUUGAUUGCUGAGAUGAGUUCCCACGGGUCACUUGCCACUGGUGAUUACACAAAAUCUGCAGUAGAAAUGGCUGAAGAAAACUCAGAUUUUGUUUUUGGAUUCAUUUCUGGCUGCAGAGUUAGUAACAAACCAGAGUUUCUUCACUUGACUCCAGGGGUCCAGAUGCAAGCUGGAGGUGAUAACCUUGGACAGAAAUACUUAAGCCCACAGGAAGUUAUUAACAAAAGAGGUUCAGAUAUCAUUAUUGUGGGACGUGGUAUCUUGUCUGCAUCAAAUCGUCUAGAGGAAGCAGAGAUGUACAGGAAGGCAGCAUGGGAGAGCUAUUUAAGCAGACUUGGUGUUUGUACACAAGACUAAUUCCAACCAAACAUUCUGGUGAACAGACUAACCCCCUGUGCAUUCUAGAAGACAUAAAGUUGACAUCUACUCUGAACUCAACUUAAUAUUUUGCUUAAGAUACAAUCUGCUGAUGACUAAAUGUAUAAGCAUAAUCACAUUCAUUGUGACCAUUGUUACUUUGCAUUUGGGACUGUGAAACCAAAAAUCACCACCCAUCUUAACUCUUCUAACUCAUCCUUUCUUCAGAAAAUAAGAAAUGAAAGCCCUCCAAGAGGUUCUUGCUGGGUUAUUAGAGCAACUUGGUAUUUCAUUUACUUAUGGAAACAGAGAAAAUGGAGUCUUUUUUCAAUAUUGUACAACAAAGCGGCAUAGAUGCACAGCACAAAUUGUUUCCGUUUUUAGGGAGCAUAAGCAUGUCUGAAUCCCACUGUAAUGUAGUAAUCUGCUACUUAAUAAACAUUGUAAUUGACUCUUUUUCAGCAAUGA